AUCCUUCAGUUUGCAUCCCUUCUUAAUGACUCUUGGUCAAAAGAGCCUGUAUUAGGAUCGUACAUGGAAAACCUCGGCACAGUCAAAGUCAAGGAUCCGUUGAACGCGCAAACCAAGAUAUCCAAAAUAUACUAACUACAUGCAUGCAGACUAAUCAAACAAAGCACAGGGCAGAAGGUCUUCGAUUCGUCCAAAUGAUGAAAAAUUGUUCUUUCCACCAAGAUAUACAAAAGUCGCCCUACGGAGCUAUGUUUGGCUGCAAAGAAAAAGUGGGUUUGAGUACAUCGAACCUCCCAAAUGAAGUCAUAGAACAGCUCAAGACGCAAGAGGAUCUAGAAAAAGCGGAAAAGGAAAUGAGAAACAGUAUGAAUCAUACAACAUCACUUGAUUCAGUGAACAUGAAAAUCAAUGACUCCGCAUACACUCCCAUAAAAAUAGCAUUGGUGUGUAACACGGGUUGGAUACUUUUCGUUAAACCCCAGCGGGUCCACCCUUUAUGUCAUAAUAUAUUUUCGUAUACAGUGUGAGGAUGAUUGUAUACCUCACUUGCACUCUGCUGUUUAUAAGGUACAUUUUGACUGUGACAUGUGAGAAAUUGUAAAUAAUAUAAGAGGACUAAAAUUGAUUUCUUGAUUGAGAGGCAGAUGUCAACUCAGUUUGGAAAAAUAUUACUUUGGUCUUCUCUAGGAUUGAAUUGAAUUAUUUUUCCUUUCAAAUAUUUUAAUCAAAGGUGU